UGGCAUUAUUCCAAUACGAGUACAAUAUGGCUUGUAUAUUUGAAUACAUCGUGAUGCAUUGAAUUUUUGAAUAUUUUACCGUGUACGAAACUGAAUGUUAUAGACACAGUGCGAAAAACGUAAAAGUAAAAGGAACGGUUGGGUCAUUGGUGAACGCAAUUGCAUCAUAAUACUUAUGGAAUGUAUGGAAAUAGUGACAAACCAGUGGACUUCAGCAAGAAGCCUCGCGUUGUCCCAAGAAAAAUUAAAAACAAUGUCUACAAAGGACUUACUUACAGGGAGCUUGGAUAUAACUUAGGAAGAGCUAAUCCCGACUUUGAAGCAGUUGCUGAAGAUAAACUUGUGACGAAGAAUUAUCUUGAAAUGAGAUGUGAACUUCCCGCACAAACGAGAUCAACUUUUUUAAUGGUGUUCAGUCCAGAUGGGAAGAAAGUGGCGUCAACGCAUGGCAAUCACAAUGUUUAUGUUACUGAUUUGACAACUGGAAAGAAUAUAAACACACUAUCUGGACAUCCAAGAACUCCUUGGUGUAUUGCAUUUCAUCCUUCAUCAAAUCAGAUUUUAGCAACUGGCUGUCUUGGUGGUCAGGUUAGAGUUUGGGACCUGCAUGGAGGAAGUGAGGUUUGGAAGGCUGAAGGGCAAACUGUGAUUGCAUCACUUGCUUUUCAUCCAACUAACCGUAUGCUUGUAAUUGCUACAUACAAUGAGUUGCAUUUCUGGGACUGGAGUCAAUCUGCACCAUUUGCCAAGUGCUACACAAAAAAUGAGAGAGAAAAACUCAGGUAUGUGGCUUUUGAUCCUCUUGGCCAUAAGCUGAUCACUGGAAUCUCCAAUGUGCCACCACACUCAACUCAGUGGGACCGUUCAGCAGGUAGCCAUCAUCUUAGUCAUCACCACCAUCUGUACCACCAUCAGCCUUUCCAUCGUACAGCUGCUAGACAUCACGCAUUGUAUUGCACCCAUCAUCAGCAAUCAACAAAUGUGCCUGGUGAACGGAGUGAGGAACAGUUGGAAAGGGAUGGCAGAUUUAAUGAUGGGAUUUCAUAUCUUACAUCUCCACGUGAAGGCAGAACACAAAAUGGCACUUGGGAAGUUACAAGCUCAUCUACAUCUGCCACCAGUCCACCACCUGACUAUGAGAGACGCAUCUCUGUCUGCUAUAGAUCAUUAGCACAGCGGUACGAGCAGCUGCUCCAACGAUAUUUUGAUCUUGUGCGUCCUCGUUUUGUGGUUACGACUGAUCGUGGAACUGACCCAAUGGAGGCAGAGGAAACCAGUGGAUCCAUUAACAAUGCAGCGACGGCAAACAGUGCAAAUCGAUGCACAUGUAACAAUACAGCUACAAAUACAGACAAUAAUUGGACUAUGAGAAAUAGUAGUAGUAGUACAACAGCUACUACCUCAAAGACCAAAGCCCGAAAAUCAACUAGGGGAUUUUCUAGUGCAGUAGAUUCUUCCUCUAAUUCAAGUGCUUCCAAUGUAAAUGGGACUCGAGCUGUCAACAGCCAUGCAAGGAGCAACUCGUGUCCUUGCUUCCACGAGGGCAGCACUGGAAAUGUCAGUAUGUGCUGCAGAAUUUGUCCAAGUAGUUCCAGUUCAUCAUUAGGGAAAUGCAGCCAUACACCUGCUGCAGUUGGUUCAAGUGGAGUUAGGUCAACUUUAACGCUUGAUGCUAGUAACUCAACCAACUGUGCUAAUGUGCAGUCAGAUGAUCAUGAAGCAUUGCCGAAUGUCCUGUGUCCUAGACCCAUAGGCAUUGUUUGUAAUGAAGGGUUUAGGCGUGAACCAGAAGGUCAGACUUCACAAAGUGCUAACAGUUUAUCUGUGAACUUUUCGAGUCGUGAAACAUCAGCUACAUCACAUAUGCCUAAUGAAAACAGGUUAUCUUCUACUACCAUGACAAGACCACCCGAAUCAGUGGUCACCGUAACAAUGCACAACAGGACGGAAACAGAGCAAGCAGAACACGCAGCAAUUGUAGAGCCAGCUUCUACAAGAUCUGUCCCUGACAUGGAAGAUCAAAAUGAUUUUGAUGAACAAGAGACAAGUGGUGUGGUCAAUAUUGAUCAGGAAACUACACUUUUACCAUCUACACAGACAGGCAGUUCACCAACCAGUACAUUAACGUCACAGAUAUAUGAACAGCAUUCUCCAGAUGAUGAUAUCUCAUCCACCAGGAGGAAGUUAACAGGACAACCACCACCUCAGGCUCAAGCAGAGUGCACCAUAGGUAAUAAUCAUCAAAGGCAACUUGCGGGUGCAGAACAGGAGUUGACAUCCCACCAAGAUGAUGAGCAGCAGCAGCCGCCGCCAAGUGAGCCUCCAUCACAAAGUACAUCUGAUGUUGGUGCAACUUCUGCUAUGUAUAGAGAUGUGAGGAGACUUCGUUAUGGAAUAUACUGCUUAAAUCAACAGAUUGACAGUAUUCAAAGACUUUGCAGAGCUCGCAUGGAAAUACUGCAGCUUCAGCAGAUACGACGUGUUUGGGGAAACCUUCAGCGUCAGAUGAAUUCACUUCAUGGAGCAGUUCACCAGACGCCUCAGUCAGAUUCACCAGGACUAGUAAUCACAGAGGAAGAUGAACCAUACCAACCAGCACGGGAACCAAAUGUGAGUCAGCUGCAGGAACCAAUUGUGAGUCAGCUGCUGGAGUUGACUCGUAUCAGUGAUGGUGAACCUGCAGAUGAAUCUUCAGAACUUCAUGCCUCUAGCAGUUCUUCUGACUGUGAAAAUGAUGAGGCGACAGAGUGUGUCCAGUUCGUGACAGAAGAAGCUGCUCCAGUACAGAUCUGUCAAGAUCGAACUGAUGAUGGAGAGAUUGCAGCUAAAAGAGUUAAAAUAGAUCCACAGAGCUCUUCCACCAAAACUCAGUGGGAACGUGUUCCUGAUGGAGACAGUGCUGGUAGCAACAUUCAAAAUACUGCUGCAGAGCUAGCUACAGGCAGUGCUGAUUCUCCAAUUAAUGAAGAGGGUCAUAGGCGUGGGACUAUUGCAAAAAGUGGAAGAAACAAUAUGGAGGUAAACAGUUGCUCGUCAGAUAGACUAGCAAUGACAGAAGAAACUAGUGAAGUUAAUGCAGUUGAAUUACACUCAAGGCACAGUGGUUCAGUCCCAGAAGUAACAAAUGAAUUCACUGUAUCUAAAUCUAAUAUCCCAAGUGAAACAUUUCAGGAAACUGGAACUAAAGAUAUUGGAAGUCAUGUUACAAGGCAGGAGAGGCACUCUAUACAAGAACAGUCCACUCAAAUGAAAGGUGAGAAAUUAGUUGAACAUAAUUUGCCAGUUGCAGGAUUGAUGACCGCUGGUUGCAGCAGUGCCAGUUGUUCUACAUCACAGAAUUCUGACUAUACUGCUGCCCCUUCAAAGACAUCUCGUGGUUUAAAAGUUUCUCCAGUAUAUAGUAGUGGUAGGGGGAAGACAGGAAGAAAUAUAGAUGACAUUACACCAAGAAAUACAUUGUCUCAUCAAGAACGGAUAAAUGAAAUGCAGAACAUGGUAAAAGGUUUGCAGGAGCGCAUAAAUCAAAGGAGAAUUGCUGAACAACAGGGAAUAACUCUACCAGAGAGAGAACCCACAUCAUUGUGGAAAUCCUGUCCAUCUCGUGUGGCAAAGGUAGCAUCUACAAGAGUGAGCAGAAAUUGUGGAUCAUAUCACCCUAAUACUACUCCUCUUCAUCCUAGUUUGCCUCGACUUCAGCCUACAACGCUACAUCUUGGUACCCACGUGGCUCAGCCUCAACCAACAUAUACGACUGUCAGACCACAGGAAGUAGUUGCAAGUUCUCACUCAAGGCCAACAAAUCUAGUGCCACAUGGAAGCAUUUCAUGUAAAUCAUUUGAGCAAACACAAAAUGAAAUGCGUACUUCAGAUAGUGGUAAUGUUCAAGGAGAAGAGGUAUCACGUGUCACCAAAAAUGAGUCUUCAUCUACAGAAACGACAGAUAAACAGGAGUGUGGGAGAAAACUGGAUGACCCGAAGAAUAUAUCGUGUGUCCUAAGAACACGUUGUAAGGUUAAUUCACAAGAAAGUUUAAAUCAUGUUCAAUUGACAUCUGUAACCCAAAGAACUAAUGAGGAACGAGGAGAAAAUUCUGCUUCUAGUCAAUGUAAUAAUUCAACAGAACAAGAAAUCCCAAUACAGGAACUCUGGGGGGAAACCAAACAUAUGCAAAAUUUGGUUAGGAGCUCCAAUGCUACGGCAGGUGUGUCCAACAAUGGUAGCAAUGAAACUGCAAGCGAGAAUGAAACAAUUUCUCAUUCAGAUUUGAUUGUUCCAUCACAAGAAGAAUUACCAUGUGCCACUACUGUCAUAAAUGUUACCAACAAACAAAAUGUUAACUGUUUGCAUCCAGGUAUGAACAGAACACACAAUGUCCAAAAUAAUUUUGUUGAUGCAAACCCUUGUAGUCCUGCUGGAAAUCCAGCCGAUCUGUUGUCAGAGACUGCAGCUUACCCAGCAAAUAUACACCCAUUUAUUCCUGGGGCUGUUACUAAUUUUUGUGGGAACCUCGGAGAAUCGUCGUCAGAUCGCCCAGAUGCUCAACAAAAUACACAUCAAAAUUCUGCACCGGAGGAUUUGAGCUCUCCUGAAAGACGUGCAGUUAGUGUUGGUGACCAUUCAGCUCAAGUUAAUCCUUCUUGCCAGCAGAAUGAUGAUAAUGAUGAUGAUGAUGACGCACAUGGCAUGGAAAGUACAUCAUCUAGUCUACAUUUUGGCAGUUCAUCAGUGCAGGGAGCUAACACAAGAGCUACAGUUUCACAUUCAUCAUGGAGAUCUGAUGCAGUUGUAUCUCAGUCUGAAAGUUCACCUAAUGCUGUAAGGUGCCAUAUUGCCCAAAGACCGAAUCCUUCCAUAAUCCCAAGACAGGGUCCCCUGAUGUGUCCACAACCAGAUACACUGUUGUCACCAAGACCUGGCCCACUGCUGACACCAAGAGCAAGUCCUCUACUGAUACCAGGAUCUGUCCAAGCAUCACUAAGAUGUCCACGGAUGCUGCAUGUUGGAGGAAGAUACUACGUGCCCAGACCACGAUUUCAUCAUCGUACCGGACAUUGUUCACGAGGAAGAAUAUUUUCCCGCCCAGUCACGCCUGCUGAACAGUUACGAAGACCAUGGUUUCUGCAGACCCUCACUCAGACGUAUCGCAGCUCUACUGGGAGAUCGGGAGAAGAGCCUGGUGGAAGGUGCAAUGAGUUCAUACGUCAAAUUGGAGCCGCUCCACGAAAUCCAGUUUCAAGACCAACCAGAAGUUGUACUAACCAUAUGCAACAAAGAGGGAGCCAUGGAAGCAGUAAUCAAUGUGGUGAAAAUGGAGAGUCAUGUUUAAGAUGGAAGCAUUCAGUAGAAUCUUCCAUUGAUAAUUCUGAAAGGAAUUACAAUGAACAGCAUGUUGAAUCUAUAUUACCAGCAUCUCCAAACAACCACAGGGAAACUGUGUUUGAGAGUAGAGUUGAGACUGCAGUGAAUAUGACUAAAGGCCAAACACUCAGUUGUGAUUCAGAGACAAGUGAACAGUCUGGGGAAAGCAGCUCAUCAAAACCAAGUGUAUCAGUUACAUCAGAGGAAUUUGUUUCUCUUAAUAGCAUGGCUUGUACUGAGUUUCCUGAGGCAGAAGCACAGCAACCAGUUCUCCCAUCAAGUUUGGAUAGUGGAGAGAUCAGUACAGAUAUUAAAAAUGUCUGUGCCAGUGGCAAAACAGUUUCACAAGCUGUGUCUGAGACCCCUCAUUCUUCCUUGUCACCUGUGUCUGGAAGCAAUGACUCUGCACCAUUUUGUACCCAUUUAGACACUCCUGCCAUGAAAAAAGGUGUGUCUCAUUCAGUCUCUCAGAAUGUUAGAUGCAGGGCUGAUCAGUCAGCAACAGUAAGGGAAAGUAUUCCUAGUUCAAGUUCACAUUCACAGUCAACUAUUAUUGAAAACAGUAACAGUUCACAGUGCACAGUACUAAAUAAGGGUGGCAUCACAGAAAAUGUCUCUCAAAAAUCUGUUGAAGCUUCUCUUAGUGAGAACCAUGGUGAAAGAACCAAGAAUGUGACUGCCUCACAGCUUCAGGAAUCGGUUGGACGAUCAACAGCUACACAGACACCAGGUCCUCCACUUGGACAGCCUGACACUGUAGGGCCAUCAAUUGCAUCAGAUCCUCCUGCUUUACAAAAUGGUGUGUGUCAGCAGUUUCCAAGAUACGGGACUGGACAGACAGUACGAGAUAUAUUUGGUCGACUGCAGAGGCUCUUGGAUCAUGAGAGGAUGUACAGACAAUCAUUUAUGGAACCAAGAAAUCGAACAAACCCGCAGUCGACUAGACGAAGUGGCGGUGGUUUUAACACAACACCUGCACACUCAAAUACGGCAGCAGACGUGUGGGGUAGAUGGACUCGUCGCCAUUCUGAUAUUUUGCCAGAGAGAAAUGCAGAAGAUGAAGGAAUACCUUACACUGGGCAGGCAGCAAGUGUUGCAGCAGAGAGGCUCAUUUCCGCAUUGCAGACUGAGCUAUGUGAAACAGAGAGGCUGUAUCAGCGUAUUGUACAUUUACCAAGAACAGCUGCAAAUCGAGAUCAGGUUCCUGCUGCACCCUCACGAGAAACUACUAGGCAGCGUGCAAGGCAAGUUUUGUGUGUAAUGGUUGAAAGCUUGACACAAGUUUUUGAAGAAAAUGACACAUUUCAUAACUUCUCUAGAGAUGAUUGUGACAGCAGAGUGCGAGUUUUCCUUUCAGAUAUUUACUUUCUGCUGCAGCUAUCAGUUGAACUUGUUGAUCUUCUGCUGGUACAGAUUGCUCGCCCAUGGGGUAGUGUGGGAACUCAGUCAGAAAGCCGAGUAGAAAGCACUUCCAACUCGAGCCACAACAUGAGGGAUCAAAUUUCACAUUCCCGACCCCGGGGAACGGGGUCAUUUCGCUUCUAUGCACGGCGUGGCAGUGGUGCACAACGACCAAGUGAUGGAUACUCAAGGCAGACGUCAGCUGGAGCUUCAGGAACAGUUCAUCCCAAUCCAGCAAGAACACUAUCAAGGCACAGAACUGGCCGGUCACUUGGACGUGGCCCUUGGGUGAAUCGCUUUUCUGGUGCGCCAACUAGGUUCUUGCCAGGGAUGAUGCAGUGUACAGCUAGUGCAGAUGCAGAUCCACCUCAAGCAUCUAUAGUCUCACCGGUAAUGCAUGGGGAUUCAGAAAGGGAUGGUGCAAUCUCAAGAUCAAGCCGCCUUCCUGCAUCCACAAGAGGAGUUCGUGGGCGUUCCCAGAGAGGAUCAAGUACCUCACAUGAUGGACACCACCAAAGGCAUAGCCACCUCUUUCACAAUUUUCAUAAUUACUGCCGGCAACCAGAAGAAGAGGAGCAGAAUCAGCAGCAGCACCCCCACCCAGAGCAGAAUCUCCAUUAUCACAAUCAGCAGCAACAUCAAAAUCAGCAAGAUGUAGAUGAGGAGGAGGAGCAGCAGCAACAACAACAACAACAACAACAACAACAACAACAAGAGGAGCAACAGCCGCAACAAUUAUCACUGGGCAGCUGGCAGCAGCAGGGGCAGUCCCACCAGCAGCAGCAGGAGCAUUUAGAACAACCACCACCACAACGUGGAGGGCAUGUCCAGGAACGAAACUCUGAUUACCACAGUGAACAUUCGCAGGAUCAAAGAGGAAAUAAUAAUAGAGAGCGUGUCACAUCUGGAUCACAAGUAUUAAACUCAUCUCAUGAGAACAGGGAGCAAGCUCAGCGCAACUCUGACAUGUUUGCAGUUCCUGCAGUUCAGCUUAAUGAUGUUCCCAUAGCAGAUGUGGGACAGCUGAGCCAAAUUGAACCACCACAUAUACGUCCCCAGUCUCCACCAGCUAACCCAUUUGGAGUUGUGUCAAGGCAGAGUCAACAGAUGUUGGGAGGUUUACCGCCAUCAGAACGAUGGCUUGUUAACUUUGAUGAGGUGUAUCCUACCCCAGGAUUGGCUAACAGCAAUUCAAUGGCUGAAAGACGGCUAUACCCACCACUUCCAUUCAUGGGAUAUGGACAGGGAUCUCAAAGUGAGCCCAGCAGUAGACCGUUCAGCAGCAGCUCUCCUGGCAGCAAUCGUGGACCGAUUCAUAAUAGCCCACCUGUAAAUGAUGGCCACAUGCAAAGACCACAGUCUGACAGUGGAAGUUGGACAUAUGGUGCUCCUACAGGCUGGCGAUCACGCUUCUUGCACCCACGAUAUGUGGGUCCAAAUAUGUUCAAUGAGGAAGCGUUUUCAUCAGUUGAAAAUUUCAGCUUUAUCAGAGGUAUUGUAGCCAAGUCAAUGACUUUUAUAUAUUUUUUAGGGCCUGAUACUGUGAUAAUAACAGAUGCUCCAAUGUCCCCCAAUCAUAGGAUUCAAGCAUGGGAUAUUUCAAAAUUCCACAUACCAGAUAUAAGUAAUGCUGAGAAGAAUGUUAUUGUCUCGGAAUGUAAAAUUCACAAUGAUGCAAGUGUUGAUGUUUCCAAAGAUGGUGCACUCCUUGUUACACUGUUGCCAUCCAAUCGCAUGUGUAUUACAGCAAUGCUUGGCGUAUAUAGUUUAGAAUGGGAGUCAUUGGGCCAGUGCCUGUACACUACAAGUUUUGAACAGAAUGCUGUGUCUGUGUCACUGUCGCCUGCCUGCAGACACCUGCUGGUGGGCCUUGCAUCACGACGUAUCGUACUUCCAACUGAUCGCCCUACUGUAGCACAGAUUUUUCGUAUGGAAGAUGCAAAACCUGGUCGUUCAAUAGGAGGCCGUGGUCGCCUGUGUCACCUACGUGACAUUGAACAGAAUCGUGAAAAUAGCUUUACUAGUCUGAAUUGUAUCCGCUGGGCACCCGAGCCUGGCCAAGGCCUAGUUUAUGGUACCAAUACUGGUACAUUGAAAGUGUUGCGAUAGAGUUUGUGUAUCAAAUUACUGGUCAUAUCUGUUGUAACUUGUUAAGUGACAUUUAAGGCCACUAUUGUAAAAUUUUGUUCAUUUAUUCGAUUUAAUCUGCGUAAGCAUUGUAUCACGUGUAUUGGACUGGAUGAUGAUGUCAGAACAUCCUCUAAGUUACAGUUUUGUCUCUAUAGCUUGUGUUUUUCACAGAUAUUUGUGGUUUAUCUGUUACAGCUAUAGUCUUGUAUAGUCAGUAUCAUUUACAAGGCAUUUGCACAUAUACUGAACAGAUACUGACAUUUCAUUAAAUGGCUACCAGUAUUAGAGGACAUUUUUAAACCUUCCAACUGACAACAACUGUCUUUAAAAAAAAGAAGUGCUUUCUUACCAUAUACAUGAUUUCCUCUCAAGUCUGUUUGGCUUUGUAGGAGAGGAAGCACAAAAAUAAAGGCCAUUAUCAGUGUAAAACAUCAAAUAUUUGCAAAGUAACUGAAUGAAAUUUCAAGUACUAAUCCUUAUGCAGCCAGUAUUAUUAGAUGAGGAGGUUAUGACAUAAUGUCAGCUUAGUGUUACAGGCAAUUUGUUUGUUGCUUAUAAUUUUUCCAAAUAAAAAGAUCAUUGUGCUUUGCAUGUAGUAUCACCUUACUGAUGAAUAUGAAUGUACUUGUGCCCACUCUUCUGCAUCUUCCUUAUUAAUUUGAUGUGAUAUUUAUCACAUAAUUGGUUAAAAAGUAUGGUACACCAAAUAUUUGUGUGCAGUGACUGUUGUAAAAUAGUAAUCUCUAUUCAUCCCAGUUCCAUAACUACAUUGUUUUCAAAGAGAAGGUUGUCAAAUCACAUUCCUGUUUAAUUUAUGUUCAGUUUCUUAAGAUAAUCUGCAUUCCACAUGCACUUUCAAUGUGCAAGAGUAUAGUACUGGCUUAAGUUAUUUUUGAAUGAAUUAAACUUAGCUUUUUGUUAAUAAUGCGUGAUUGUGAAGUUAUUAUUCUAUCCAUUCAUCUCAAUUUAUAAACGAAUAGCAUCUGUGAAUGAAUUUUCUGUGUAAGAUAUUGAGGCAGACUGUUUUAUAUUUUUUUCAUAUUUACUUCCAGUCAUCCCUCCCUCCCUCCCUCUUUUAGUAUGUACAUUACAGGAAUGUUUUCAUGGCAGCAGUGAUGAACUGUAAUAUAAGAGAUGAAUAGGACCCUUAAAAAUCAGUUGCAUGCACAGUAGAGUAGAUAACAAUGUUCCUUGCGUUACACAUUCACCAGUGUAAGAUAGCCCUGUUCCAGAUAUUUUACUUACUCAUAAGUAGAGGAACUGUGCACCAUUCAUACCAAAGUAUUUGUUUUAUUCAAUCAGUUCUGGAAUGUAAUUGCACUUAAAUCUUUAGUAAAUUAGGAAGGAGAGCAUUUUUUUCUUUCCAUCUGCAUAACACAAUUAUAUUUUUAUGUUUGUUUUUCUGUUACAUUUUUGCCCUGCAUGGUACUUUCUGACUUAAGAAAUUUUUGCUUUAUAUUUUGACAAUAUUAUGUUUCCACGUAUUGGUUGAGUUGGAAUAGUUGCAGUUUUGACUGAACAGAAUAUUAGUUCUAUCCAUGAUUCGUACUUUCAGUGUAAAGUAGUAUACCAUUUUACAUCACAUGCUGAUGUGUUUGAUAUAAAAUCCUUAUUUUGUUAAACGUUGACUGGAGGAGGAAACAUUUUUGUAUUCAAAUGAAAAAGAGAUUAACAAAGUACCUGUGUUGAGUUCACAAAUUAUUUAAUUUUACAACACAAAGUACAGAAAAUUUUUCUUAUCGCAUCUGAUUUUUCAGCCAUAUAGUAAUUGUAUUUGUUUUGGGACAGAUGAAGUAUUUUCAUAUGUAAUUCAGAUGCUGAAACUCUACAUUUACGACUUGAUGUAUUAUUAUAUGAUAGAGAUAUUAUUUACAGCAUGUGAUAUUCUUCUCCUGGAUGCAAUAAAAGAAAGAUAACUUUGUUCUUGUCGUGCACAAGAAAAUUAGUAAUUUUCAUUUUUUUUUGCUUGUAUCCAAUUUAUUGUUCCUGUGAUAUUUAAGUGCAUCAGUAUGUUACAUGUGUGCAUAAUAUAUGUAUUAUAUGAACAGUCAUCAUUUGGCAGGACUUCCAUCCUGUUUCAUAUACACAUUGUUACUUGUCAGUGUUCUGUUACGAGAAAGAAUAUUUUAAAUCAUUGUUGUAGAAAUAAAAUAAAAUGCUUGUAUUUAUUA